GCUCAGGCCUGGCACUGUCCAGGUGCGUGAUCCGCGUGCCCCUGGCCCCCAGCUCGUGGUCGCCGCCACCGGACGAUUGGUACCCGUUCCACGACAUCGAGCUGGUCGAAUCGCCAGAGUCGCCACCACCGUGCCCAAUAAUUGAUCCGAAAGACCGUGCACCCGUUGCCGAUCGUACCACGAACGACAACCAAAACACUACCUCCUCCACCACCACCACCAACAACAACAACAACAACAACAGUACCGGCAGUGUUAAUAAUAAUUGCGAUCGGCGUGACGCUUGUGCCGUAGGUGUCCCAGAGCAGCAUCAGCACCAGCAGCACCAACAACAGCCCGAAGCCGAUAUGAUCAUGGAGUGCAGUGCCCUUGAGCCAGGCGUCGGGCCGCUCCACCAUGCGCAUCACCACCAUCACCAUCAUCAUCAUCACCACCCGUACUUGUUGGGUGAGUCUGCGGCUGCCGUCACCACGGCCACCACAGCCGCUGGCCACUUUAACGUGCUCAGCUUCGAAACGUACAAGGGCGGUGUGGCCACCGGUACGGGUGGGCACGUGGGCAACGGCGGACACGGCACCGGCAACUCGGCAUGCCACAGCCCGGCACAGGGAAAUGCCGGCACCGAUCUCAACACACCCGUCACGACGAGCGCUGAAGUACCUUCGUUUUUCGGCCCAUCCACAGUCGUAGAACCGCCACUCAUAACAGGAUCAUUGCAAGACGCUGAUGAUAAUGGUAGCAACAGAAGUGGUAUAGAACACAAGCUAGAGGUAUCGCUUCAAUUGAAAACAGAAGCCAUCGGAGGUGAACCGGAACAGGAUGAAACCGGUCAGGACGUCAUGUACACAACAAACUCCGGUAUACCAUCAGGGCAGUCUAGGAUCAGUUAUAGGUUCUCAACUAAUAGCCCUAUGCAGACAGCUCCGUGCUCAACUAGUUCCUCAAAUAACAAUAACAACAAUCACCUCAGCACUUCUUGGCUUUUGCCUAGCCCAGAUAAGAACAUAUUUCCACCUUUGUUCAACCUGCUCCAACCUCAGCCGUCAAACACGCCCACCUCAUAUCACAGCUCCAGUCCUCACUACGAAGACAGAUCUCAACAAAGUCAAGUAGAAUUGCUUGGGAUGAGUAUCGAUUGUGGUAAACAAGUACCAUCCACGUACGCCAGUUGCGGAGUGACUGGAAACGACCAAGAUCUCAUAUACCACAACCGUGGUCAAAUGAUGCAACAACAGUCAUCGCCAGUGAAUAAAUACCAUUGGUUAGACUCACCGGUCGAAUACGGUGGACAGCAACAACAACAACAACAACAGCAACAGCAGUUACAAUCUCAACAACAACAACAACAAAUGAUUCCCAAACAAGAGUUCACAAACGUGGUAAACGUAGACGURCAAUCCCCAGGUUCGUCAAGCGUGUCGCAGGGCGGCUACAGCGUCCAACUUGCUGAGUAUAACCCAUCAACAAGUAAAGGGCACGAAAUACUAUCACAAGUGUACCAGCAGUCAUCACUACCAUUGAAGCUAGUCCCGGUGAAACCAMGAAAGUACCCUAACAGACCUAGCAAGACUCCGGUGCACGAGCGACCAUAUGCAUGUCCCGUGGAACAUUGUGACCGUCGUUUCUCUAGAUCGGAUGAACUUACAAGGCACAUCCGUAUACACACAGGCCAAAAACCGUUCCAGUGUCGCAUAUGCAUGCGAUCGUUCUCCAGAUCGGACCAUCUUACGACACACAUUCGAACACACACUGGCGAGAAACCGUUCACAUGUGACGUGUGUGGUCGCAAGUUCGCAAGAAGCGAUGAAAAAAAGAGACACGCAAAAGUUCACUUAAAGCAACGAACGAAAAAAGAAACCAAGAUGGCGGCACUGCUAGCACAACAACAACAACAACAACAACAACAGCAGCAGCAGCAGCAACAGCAGCAUCAGCAGCAACAAGGAUCAUCUCAACAACAACAUAUGCAUCAUAUGGGAUUCCAAACAGGUGACACUGGUCACAUGUAGACGCAAUCAUACAAAUAUGUCUUUAUUUAUUCCCUUUUAUUCUUCAUACGCAAGGGUGCUUACAACCUAGAGGUAAGCAUAGAAGAAACCACUGUUACCAUGUUUAGUUACACUACCAAUGUACGAGUCACUCCAUCUUAUACGAUUCCUAUCUUAUCAUUAUUAUUGGAUCACAGAGUAUUUAUACCGUCGGCAAUGAAGUCGCCAAAAUCAAAACAGG